AUGGACAAGACAAGCGCCUUGUUGGAGCGUCAGCACGAGGAGCUUCUUGAACGUUUAGCCAACCAGGACGAGAUGCUGCAGGCGAUCCUGGAAGUUCCUCGCAUGGCCUUUCCUUUCGAGGAGGUUAAGAAGGAUCAACAUGUGGAUUUCGUCAGCCCGAUAGCAUCUCGCAUCCAUUCCAGCGAUCAAGAAGAUUCUGUCAAGAAGAGACUUUCGAAACAGUCCAAGCAGUCCAAGCAGUCCAACUCGACGCCAACGCCAACCAGAGGUGCGCCACCCAAGACUACAUUCACCCCUCCGCUGCGUUCCUUCUCGGCCUUUGACAUGUCACUGAAGAACACGGCCGAUGCCGCCGACGGGGAUCGCUCGAGGCGUAGGUACGCCUCGCUGAGGUUCAAGAGCCCGAAUCCCGAGAACAACACCUUCAUUGCUCAGAUCGUCAGGCUGCAAGAUGCUGCAAUUGGCCGGGCUGAUACCAGCAACAAAAGCAGCGUAACCCCGCAUGUCUCUGCAAGGAAAUUUGCCGAUGUCUCCGCAGUGCAGAGAGACAUGCUGGCCCUGGACAGCCUGGUCGUGGCACAUGGUUGUAUGAUCGUUCCGUGCUGGACACCAGCAGGCGGCGCUGGGGUCGCUUUGUCCCCGGGGCACUUCGAGGCGAAGCUGAAUCUGCAACUGGCCCGCACGGGUAAAUUGCAGUAG